AUGCCACUCGGCGUCCGGCAAAACCAUACUGCCGAUAACCGACCUAACUUGAGAACCACUUCUUUAGCCGCUUCUAUAGCGUUUUCGCAGUCUCAUCUGAACACCAGCCCUCAGCAUGAUCAAGAGAAUCAGCACGCCGCUAUCAAUCGUGUAUUCAAGGUAUCGCCAGCGUCUUUAAAGUCCCGAGGUGGCAACAAAAAAUCAUCUUCGAUUACCCGGCCCAGAAACAACAUACAUUCUGCCAGGGUUCGAUCUUCAGAUUCUCAUCUCCAUGACAUCCGGUCCCCUAUCAUCACUACUAGCAAGGGUCAAGUUUCCUCUAGUCGCAAUGAGCGUGAGCGCGAUCGUGUCCGCCUCCUAAAUCUUGGGUUUGAACGCCUACGCACUGUAGUACCCUGUCGAGAAGGCGAGCAGUUAAGCAAGAUUAGCACCCUUAAAAAGGCAAUCUGGUACAUCGAGCACCUAGAUCGCGUAUUGCGCGCGCCUCUUUCAUCUGGGCUUUGUGGUGCUAUUGAUCCCGACUCCGGCAGCUCUAAAGGAAAUGCUGCCUGGUCAACUCUGCUUCAACCUACGACUGGGCAAGAACAGGAUAGUGAGACUGAGUCCAAUUCUGACAUUGAUUUAGACCCUGAUCUUGAUAUCGACACUGGGACGGAUUCAACCCUUCUUAAUCCUCUUAAACUUCUCCAUAGUCCACCAGAGUCGUCAUCAACGACAGAUGCUAUUGACCAGGAUAGAGAAACUCAUGGCGAGCAGAAAUCGGAUAACAGGAUCAAUCAUGGCUCUCGAAGCAACGCAUCGCAAAAGCAUCAUAUUUUUGGAGCAUUGCCAUUUUGUCGAGAUAGUAGUCGGGCGGGUGGGCAACCCUUUGCAGCAGCCGCUCAGACAUGGCUGCAGGCACGACGGCAGGACAGACAGGCAGGAUUACAUUUUGGAAUGGAGACUGAACAGAACCUUAGAUCGGCACUACUUGGGGAAUAUGCCCAACUUGAUGAUGAAGAAUCACUCAUUAUAUCGACUAGGGCCUCAUCACCAGUGUUUCCUCCACCUGUGGAUGAGGACACCUCCAAUACUGCUAGCCACUACUCCCUCUCUAUCCCAACCUCCGUUCUCUCUACCACUACAGCUAGCGCUUCUGAUCUUAAAAUGUCGGCAUCAUCCAUUGCUGUCGUCGAUAAUACCAGCAUCCACACUGGAACGGAACACAUUCUUAAUAAGAUAUCUGGGUUUAUUCAGGACGGUCUCAUCAAGGAUGCUUCCGAUAUGGUGAAUAAACAUUGCAAUCUUGACAUUCCUACGGGGCAGCUGGAUGCCAAUCCUUUACCAACGUCGCCUUUAUCUUCGUUUUCAUCAUUAUAUCCAUUAUCAACCUCCUUACUCCCAUUAUCUUCAUCUUCCUCAUCCUGCUCACCGUCAUUUUCUACCCCACCAACACCUCCAGCAACUUUUCAUCGCAAUAAUGAACAAUCUCUCUUGGCCUCAUGUUCCUCUCUACCCAUGUCACUAUCUCUUCCGCUGUCCUUUCAUCUACCUCUGGCGCUUCAACUUCCGAUCCGGCUUACAGUAGCCAAAUCUAAAGGCGACUUAAUGACAACAUUUUCUCGACCUAAUUUUCUCAACACCAAGACAGUUUCAUCACCAAAAGUCGAUCCAUGUAGUAUCGCGGAGCCGGAUUCGUGUUCAACACCAUUAGCCAUGGCCGCUUCCGAUCCAAAUGUCUUAUCUCCACAUCCACCAUUUCUCUUUCCAUCCGAUCGACCACAACUAACUUCGCCUACUACAUUAAGAGCUUCACCAUAUUCCGGCUUUUUCAUUGACUCAUGCUAUUCCGGAAUGACAAAAGGUACAGUCGUUAGGUCUACCGAAUCCCCUGAAUCUGCGCCCGUUUCCCUUCCUUUACAUCACAGUAAUCAAAAUCAGUCAGAGUGUUCAUUCUCAAAGUUUGUCACCUCCCAAAAUCCCGCCUUCGAUCUACCCACUACAUCAGCUCUCGACUCAAUAGCUUGUUGUCAUAGCAGCAUUCAUGACCAUUACCAUGAUUCUUUGAGUUCCAUUCGAUCCAAAAAGACCGAAUUUUCGCAAUCAGCCUCAUCCUCUAUGUGGAUACAAAAGGAUCGAUCAGAGUUACCACAGGUACAGUUUACUGGGGGUUCCUAUUCGAUUGCGAGGACUAGGAAAGGACUCAGGUGA